GCUUUAAUAAAUAUUAGUAUGGCAUGCGGCGAGGAGUGGAAAUAGGGCUGAGUAUAACAUGAAUUUUGAAGUCACAAGUUAAAUAAUCGUGAGGUCUCAUGUAUAGAAAGUGGACAUAAUCUCUAAAUCAGUGGUCCUGAAUAGGCGGCCGAGGAAAGUUAAUAAUUUAGUCAGCCAAAAGUCAUCAAGGUAAUGCAAAUGUCCUAAUAAUGACAUCAUGGCAAAAGUUGCUCAGAACAACAUCUGUUGUGUCUUAUGUUUGUUUUAUAUUACUGUAUUACCAUGAGUAUAACCAGUGGUCUUUUUCUACGCGUCUGCAGAGAGUACUAGGCAUUUUAUUUGGGGAAAAGCACUUUUUUUUUAGCGGACAAUGCACCUGGGAUUAUAUGGGGCUCACUGUUUGAGGGAAUACGGUAGUUGCUUCAUAGUAUUCAAUAGAGUCAAUGUAUUUUUUUAAUGCAAGAUCAUUUUUGUCAUAAAAACCCCAGAUAUUUUUCACUAUAUGCAAUAUUGAGAGUUGCAGAGUGGAAUGUUUAGAUGAUUAUAGCUUUGACUGGUUAACUAACUUAUAACAACAUGGAUUUGAUGCGCUAUAGUUUUGGAACAAGUGAAAGUUUACUAAAAAAAAAAAACCCUGACACUUUUAACCCUAAAGUCUCAAAAAGGAGAUGUACCUGGUAGGGCUGACAGGCGGUAUUGCCUCAGGGAAAAGCACAGUGUCAUCCAUGCUGCGUGACCUCGGGUGCCCCAUCAUUGAUGCUGAUGUUGUGGCUAGGAAAAUUGUGGAGCCGCACACAGCCGCCCACUCGCGCAUCGUCUUCCACUUCGGGCACGAGGUCUUGCUGGAGAGUGGCGAGAUCGACCGCACGAAGCUCGGGCGGCUCAUCUUUGCUGACGAGGGAAAGAGGAAGCUGCUCAACUCUAUCACCCACCCGGAGAUUCACAAAGAGAUGAUCAAACAGAUUGUGUUUUACUUCCUCAGAGGUUACCGCUACGUGGUGCUGGAUGUGCCGCUUCUCUUUGAAACCAGAAGGCUCACUAAGUUUCUCAACCACACUGUUGUAGUUUACUGUGACCCUGCCACUCAGCUGGCGCGCCUGAUGCAGAGGGACGGCCUGACCCAGGAGGAGGCCGAGCAGCGCCUGGCCGCCCAGAUGCCGCUCAACGAGAAGCGCGGCCUAGCCAGCCACGUCAUCGAGAAUUCAGGCACGCGAGAGGACACCCACCGCCAAGUCCUGCGUCUCCACACCAAGCUGGAGGACUCCAUGGACUUCCUCUUGGUCAGGGUGCUGGCUGUUGCUGCCACGGCCGGUCUAGGUGGAAUCCUGCUGUACACUGCUAAGCUGCUGUUGUCCUAACAAAGGUUGGAGGACAGGAAUGUGCUGUGAACACCAGGCAGGCAUGUAGCGGCAAGUUGUUGUCAUGCUGGCAACAAUUGAGUCAUGUUUUUACCAGGAUUUAGUAGGAUUUCUUACAAAAAAUGCACUUUAAAUAGUAGUCAACUGACAUGUUUUUACUUUAUUAAAUGAAUGUGCGGGAAAGUCUAUACUUGCUGUGCCAUGAAAUCCAUAGAUCUCCACAUUUUUUUUUAUAUUUUUUGGUUUUAUCCUAAAAAAACUCAUAAAAAUUAAAUACAUACAAAAAAUGUGGGGAUAUCAGCUUAUAAUCUGACUGCAACAAUUUAUGUUCUAAAAUGAAAUACAAUGUUAAACAUAACGCAUGUUUGAUUUAGAACAGUUUCAUGGCAAUAGAAAUAAUCUUUUCUAGGGUCAAACUGUCACCAGCAUAACCACUUUAGCCUCAACUGUUAAUUAGGACAGUGCAGGCGAGUUUUAGCCAACUAUUUUAAUGUUUUGAGCAGUCAUACAAGUGCAAGAAGUUAACUACUGCUAUUAGUUAAACAUAACUGUCUCUAAGUCUCGCACAAUGAAGGAUCGAAUUUGAACUAAGUUUUGUGCGACUUCAGAAGUAUUUUGUGGGUAUUGUUCAACUUAAAAGGACUGUUUGCAACUGUUAGGCGGCUGCCUGGAGAGCGUUAACUUUCAAAUGUGCUUAAAGCAUCAUGUCUCACCCUCUCUCUGCUCCAACCACAACCAGAUAAAACACCCCCCCAGGUAACACCAAUGCACACAAGUGAGUUAUGUUUGUUUUACGAUCAUGAUAGCGAUUUGGCAAAGUUUAGCUGCAAAUGUUAGCAGUCAUUGAAUGAGCAGUUCUCCCUCGUUUCGUCGUGGUUCGAACAUCACUCCCUCGAUCAUUUGCGUUUUUUCAAAAAUGAAUUAAUAAAUGAUGGCUGUUUCGUGGUCGACUAUAUUAGUGACAUAAUAACGAAAGACAAGUCAUAUGUAGUAUUCUGGUCACUAGGCAUCAGAAAUGUUACAUUGAUGAGACAUUUCUGAUCAACCCACAUUACGUUCGAGAUACUACAACAAGAAGGAACUUUCUGAAGGCUAAAAGUAGUUAUGAAAAAAGUUAUUGUGUCCUAUUAUUGCUUACCAUCUCUAACAUAUUAGGUAAUACAAGUAUAAAGGUGACUAUGGAGUGUUACUUCAUAUGGCAGGGCUCGAAUGUUAAAAACAUUAUUAAAAUCAUAAACAGGUUUUUUAUUAAUAUUGAAUCCUACUUUGCGGAAUUUUGCAUAUCCUGGUCGGGUCGGUGUGUGUGCAUGUGCUACGUGUGUAUGAGAAAGCCGUAAGCCAUGAAGGCCAGUCAUCUUAUUGAAGUCAAUUUUUAUGCCGUUUAAUUUGGAAUUUUUAAACUUUUUCUUGGUUCAGCCUGUUCUUUUAAACCGCUGUUGGUAAAAUACGCUAGCCGGUGGUGGUGGUCUUAUAUUGUUUUGAUAGAUUUUUGGUAAACACAACUACAACCAUAUGCAGUGCUUUUUUUUUGUAAGAUUUCCUCCUAAAUUUUCACGAGAACACCUUUUGAACACAUUAGCAUAAAUUACACUGACAGAUAAUGUGUUUCCAUGUGCAAUUUUCAUCUGUUUCACUCUCAUAAAGGCUCAGAUGGAUGAUGUCAGCAUGAAGCUCACAAAUAGGUUUAAUAUAUACUUUUUAUAACCAUCCUUGAAAGAUAUUUUAUAGCCUCCCCUUUGUAGCAAGAGUAGCGUUAUGUGAUCUCCCUCCACACACAGAAGAAUGUAUGUUUGAUAACCGUAUAAUGACAUGAAGAUUAUUAUAAGAUGGAAUGUAUGUGACAAUCUACUUUUAACUGCGAGGUGAGUGAAUUUAUUGUAUUUUCCUAUGCUCUCAAGCUUUCUGUACAUAUUGAUUCUUUAUUUUCUCGCCUCUGUCAUCGACACUCUUUGUAAAGGCUACGCCACUUAACAAACAA